GCUGGCCGGAGAGUCGGCGCGAACCCGGCCCCGCCGCCGCCGCCGAGCCCCGCGGCCCGCGCUCCCGCCAUGGGGCCGCCGCGGGGCGCCUGAGAGCCGGCGCGCGCCCGGCCCGAGAGCCGCCGGCGGGCUGCGGCUGAGCGCCCGGGGCCCGCCUGCAGGCUCGGGAGGGACGGGCGGCGGCGGAGCGCCCACGAUGAGCCUCCCGCAGGAGGACGGCGUGGGCAGCCUGUGCCAGAAGGCGCUGCGCAUCGUCACCGAGCUGUGCUUCGCGGGCCGCGUGGAGCGCGAGACGUGCGCGGGCAUCUUCCCCGCGGAGCGCGGCGGCCAGGGCGGCGGCAGCACCGAUAUUUCAGUCAGCUUGUUAGCAGUCGUUGUCAGCUUCUGUGGUCUGGCCCUGUUGGUUGUCUCACUUUUUGUCUUCUGGAAGCUGUGCUGGCCUUGCUGGAGAAGCAAACCCGUGACUUCCAACAUCAGUGCCCUUCCACAGAGCGUGUCAAAUGCUCCUACUGAAGUUUUUGAGACUGAAGAGAAAAAAGAAGUUAAAGAAAAUGGAAAGCCAGCACUCAAAGCUAUCGAGCCUGCAAUAAAAAUCAGCCACACUUCCCCUGAUAUCCCAGCAGAAGUCCAAACCGCUUUAAAAGAACAUUUGAUUAAACAUGCACGUGUGCAGAGACAAACUACUGAGCCUACGUCUUCAUCCCGCCACAAUUCCUUCCGAAGACACCUACCAAGGCAAAUGCAGGUUUCCAGUGUUGAUUUUAGCAUGGGCACAGAACCUGUUUUACAAAGAGGAGAAACAACCACCAGCAUUGGGAGGAUAAAGCCAGAGCUCUACAAACAGAAAUCCGUUGACUCUGACGGCAACAUGAAAGAAGAUGUCAAAACCUGUGGGAAACUUAACUUUACCCUCCAGUAUGAUUAUGAAAAUGAACUCCUCGUUGUGAAAAUGAUCAAAGCCUUAGACCUCCCUGCUAAAGACUUCACAGGAACUUCUGACCCUUACGUGAAGAUGUAUCUUCUUCCAGAUAGGAAAAAGAAGUUCCAGACCCGCGUGCACAGAAAGACAUUAAAUCCUCUAUUUGAUGAAACAUUUCAAUUUCCUGUAGCAUAUGAUCAACUAAGCAACAGAAAACUACAUUUCAGUGUUUAUGAUUUUGACAGAUUUUCUAGACAUGACAUGAUUGGGGAAGUGAUUCUCGAUAAUCUAUUUGAAGUCUCUGAUCUCUCCAGGGAAGCCACAGUAUGGAAAGAUAUUCACUGUGCCACCACAGAAAGCAUAGACCUGGGUGAAAUCAUGUUUUCCCUGUGUUAUUUGCCAACUGCUGGACGCAUGACAUUGACAGUCAUCAAGUGCAGAAAUUUGAAGGCAAUGGACAUCACUGGCUCAUCAGAUCCUUAUGUCAAAGUGUCUCUGAUGUGUGAGGGUCGAAGAUUAAAAAAGAGGAAAACAACUACGAAGAAAAACACCUUGAACCCUGUGUACAACGAGGCCAUUAUUUUUGACAUCCCUCCGGAGAAUGUGGACCAGGUCAGCCUCUCCAUCGCGGUCAUGGAUUACGAUAGGGUAGGACACAAUGAGGUCAUCGGGGUUUGUAGAACAGGACUGGACGCUGAGGGUCUCGGGCGAGACCACUGGAACGAAAUGCUGGCCUAUCACCGAAAACCAAUCACUCAUUGGCACCCCUUGCUGGAGUUACCUGGCCGGGCAACCAGUUUUGAUAGUCAAGGAUCCUGUCCAUCUCCCAAACCGCCUUCCACACCAUAAUGCCUCCAAAAUAAAACCAUCCUGCGAAGGACACAGGAUCACAUUCUCGUCAAAUCAGAGAAAAAAGAAGUGGAGGUGUGAUUUCCUCACUUCAAAUGUAUCGUGAUAAUGAAAAAAACUUGUGCAAGUUUUCAUUUACUUUCUUGUCCUGUUUAUUAACUUUGAACAUCUUGACAUAUUUUACUUGAAUACAAAUGGUCCUUACUGACAGAGGCAUUUUAAUCAUGUCAUAUGCCUAUUAGCACAAACAGUGUUUUAAUAAGUUGUAAUGCUUUGCAUAAGCAAAGAAAUACGUUUUUUAAAAAGAAUACAUACUUAUCUGAAAUUAAGGAGAGUUUAUGCUGCUGUUGUAUAAAGUAGUACGUCACUUGUGUAUGGUUCUGAUUUUGUUAUGAGUAUAUUCGUUUCCAGUUGUGUACAUGAUCCUAUAUAACCCUUAAUGGAGAUUUUGAACUUAACUUACACAGCAUUAAAUCCUUGUGUGAUCGACUUAACAUUCCUUCCCUGAUAAUAUAUUCUUUCACCCUCAGUAGCUUCUUUUCUUGGUGAGGUUUGGCCUCUGCUCUCCUCAAAACUUUGGGUCUUAAGCUUGUUCUUUAAAACAUACAGAUAAAGCUAUAAUUUAAAGAACUGUUUUGAUUAUAAAUUUAAGAAGUAAUAUUUAGUAGCUGGAAAGUGGAGGUUGAGCCAUUUGGGCUACCAUUUUAUACUGUCUCAAUGUUCUAUUAGGUCCAUCAGUUCAACAGUUGAACUGAUAUUUUUUAAAUUCGAAUCGUCUUACUCUCAAAUGUAGCAUUUGUAUUCUUAAGUGAAUAGAAUCAGAUGUUCAUUUUUUUCAGUGUUCUGAAGUACUGUGAUGUGUGUAUUUCGUGACAUGAAGCUGUCAUGUAGAUCCUAUAUUUCUGAUAGACUGUACUAACAGACACCAAAGGUACAAUACAUGUCUCUGCUCAUUGUGUUUAGAUUGCACACAGUGAUGGUGACUUUUAAACACAAUCGGAAGCUAAUGAUCAGAAUUGGGUAUUUUCCUAAAGAAAGGAUGACUUAUUUUUCAGCAAAUUAUAGAAAUACACCAUAAAUGAUAUAACUUCAGCAUUUAAUAAACAAAUAAUUCUAAAAGGCCCAGGCCCACAGUCCUUUCAUGAGAGGCUUUUGCCUUCCUAAGGAUCAAGGAUCAGGCCACUAGUCGUAAAAACUAUGCAAAUGUUUUUACAUGACCGAACUUUCUUUUAAAUCAGGUCAACUUUUUAUUCUCUCAUUUCUGGACUCUACUGGGAGGUGUUUAUAUUGAGUGACCCCAACCUUACUUCUGAGAUACAUACUAUGGCGAGGACGUAUUUCAAGCUGAUCCCAAGAUAAGAGGUUUAAGAACCAAAAAAGAGGGCAAGGAAAAUUUGUACUUAGAAUAAAAAAACACAUUUAUUAGAAUGAGACCAUUUUAUCAGCAAUUAUAAAAUUUUGAUUUUAGUAAAAUACCUUACUCCUAAACAUUAAAAAAAAAAGUUUUGAAAAGCCAUGAAAUUCUGUUUAUUGCCAUCUCUCAGAAUAAUGGCAUUCCUGUUUUUAAGAUGUAAAUAUUUAACACAUUAACAUUUUAUGUUUUAUUUUAUUUUUUUUUAUUUUAGUAUCAUUGAUAUACAAUCACAUGAGCAACAUUGUGGUUACCAGAUUCCGCCCAUCAUCAAGUCC